UGUGCCACAAUUCCGGCUCGGUGCCCUACAACAGCAUGCACAGCGCUAACCGUGGCAAGGGCCACUGGAAGAAUCAAGUGCAGCCACCGGUUGUGUUGGCGGUGUGCGACGCGUGUCAGCACGCCAUUGGCGGGAUCCGCCACAAGUGCAGCCGCUGCAAGGACUACGACCUAUGCGACAACUGCUACCGCGACGUCACCAGAGUCCAUCCCGGCCACGGCUUUGUUCAUUUCGGCCCGCCCGCGCCAGGCAGCCACCAGCCGGCCAGUCCUUCAUCUGGCUCCGCCAAGGUCCCACAUGCCCCUCGUCCGCCACACUCACACUCGCACUCGCACUCGCACAGACACCCUCCCCACCGCGGCGGCCUUUCGGGGUGCCGCAUGAGGAUGCCGCCCUUUGACGACGCCCCUCUGCUGCAGGCUGCGCCUUCAUCUAGUAGGUAUGCGGCGGACUUGGCACCGCUCACCUGCUCGCUGGCGCCGCAAGCAGUACCACACCAUCUCCCAGGUUUUAUGGGCUUUGGGCGUCGUCCGUUUGCGAUGGCGCACACAACAUGCCCGAGCGACCAGCUCAGGCCCGGGCAGCAAGUGCAGCUGGAUGAGCUGGCAGUGCAGGCUAGCGCCGUGCACGAGGGCGUUUUCUGCGACGCAUGCGACAAACCUGUUGUUGGCGUGCGCUACAAGUGCGGCAACUGCGCCGAUUUCGACCUGUGCGAGGCAUGCGAGGCUACUGUCGUCCACGAGUACGGUCACCUGUUUAUCAAGAUGCGCCAGAACCACCGCACGCCCAACAAGAAGCCGCUGCUCGACACCGUCUUUUUGCCGAUGCCCCUUGGAUGUGGCGCCGCGCUGAAGUGCGCCAGCACUGCCAGCCGCUCGGCUGUGCCAGCAGCUCAGCCUCAGAUCGCUCAGCCUCAGGUCAUUCAGCACGCUUUGGUGCCAAGAAUCUCCGAGACCAGCCGCUACAGCGCGGUGUUUGUUGAGGACGUCACCCUCCCCGACGGCGCGUCCGUGCGUCCUAACGAGCUGCUCACCAAGAUCUGGAGCGUGGCCAACAUGGGCGAUCUCGAGUGGCCCAGGGGAGCCAUGCUCGUGCACAUGGAUGGCAAGCCCGCUAUGCCAGGCACCAGGAAGUUUUCGCACGUCGUCGUCGGCAAGCGCUAUGAACAGGUGGGCGUUGCUGUUGAUCUUGUUGCGCCGGAAGAGCCCGGCAGACACAAGAGCAUGUGGCGUCUGAUGGACCCGCAAGGCAACUACUUUGGAUCGGCGUUGUGGUGUACCGUUGAUGUCGUGAGCCCCGUUGAUGUUGUGAGCCCCGUUGACGUUGUGAGCCCCGUUGCCAGUGCUGCUGCGACUCCCUCCCCUCCUGCAGCUGCUGUUGCGAGCGACACCAAGGGCAAGGGCAAGGACACCGAGUCCGUGUCCUCUUGCUCUGCCAGCACUGGAGGCUUGCGCAUCACGUCUCCCACUCGCUCGGUUGCCGGCUCUGCUCUGCUGGAUGCCGACAGCAGCAUGCCUUUUGCUACGGCAGCAACAGUGGCGCCCGCGCCGGCACCCACGCCCCCAUCGAUUGAGUCGGUGGCUCCCACCGGCGUAAACACCCCCUCGGCCGCGAGCAUCGAGAGCCUUUCGAGCACCUUUGUCAAGAUCAGCUCUGACCUGAUGAACGAGAUUCGUCGUUUGGAGGGCUCGAUAAAGGACCUCCAGCUGCGCCAGGACAAUACCGAGGCCGCUGCUGCAAGCAAGAGCGCCAUAUCCUGCCGCCGCUCCCGCUCCACGACUCCGUUUGAUUUCAGCAUGCCGUUGGCCUCGUCCAACACGAACGACAAUACCAGUAACCUCUCCUUCGAUGUCACCCACCUGCCUGACGAUCACUCGAUGUUCUCAUCAACCCAGAUUCGCGCCUACUACUCUGACAUUGACCUAGCAAAGUCGCCUGUGCUGCAUGCAAUGUCCAGCAUGCCCCUGUCGCCAACUGCUUGCUCGGACGUGUCGAGCAUGCGCGACUUCCACUCGUCGGCAGCGCGCAUUCAGGCGAUGUUUGCUUCGCGCAACGGAUCGCGCAUGUAUUCUUCCGCUGCCGCCAGCCAUCGUCCUGUCAUCCAUUCGCCAACCACGUCCCGUGUCUUUGGCGGCUACAACGACGAGGACGAUGGUGGUGACGGUGACGGUGCCGGUGACGAUUUUGAGAUGAUUAACGACUUUGCGAGCCGCGACGGGACUCCGCCUGUUUAGUUUAGUUUAAUUUUCUUUCCAAUUUUUGUGCAAUGAAUUUUUUUGGCCAAAUUU